CUACAAUUGUAUAGUGGUACAGUUCUUACAUUCUAAGAUACUAAGCAUUAAAAAUUGGAAAGUCAUUUUUUACUUGAUUGAAUAUUCCAAUGUAUAGAAAAUUUCGUAAUUAUUUGGGUAAUCCUAAAAAUUGGGUAGUUUUCAAUAAAUUUGAAAAUAUUUAAUGUUGAACUAUUAGUUUGACUGGUAUAUACAUAUAAUACUAGAAAUAACAAAAUGGGGCUUUCCAUUUUUGCAAGUACAGUUAUUUUUGUCCUAGCUACAGUAGAACCUAAAGUUUCGUAUAAAAACUUUAAAGUCUACAGGAUCUAUCCGAGUACCUAUCAUCAAGUUCAGUUACUUCAGGAUCUGGAAGAAAAUUAUGAAACCUUGUAUUCUUUCUGGAAACCGCCAACACAUGUAAAUGCUUCGGUAGAUUUGAUGAUAUCGCCAACAAUUGUGCCAGUAUUCAAAAAUUUAAUGAGGUCUAAUUAUUUCGAUUACCAAUUAUACAUCAAAGAUGUUCAGAAGUUGAUGGAUUCCGAAGAUGUUUUUAAAUACAGUUCCCCAGAAGGCGGCUUUAAUUGGAAACAGUACCAUACCCUGAGUGACAUAAAUGAAUGGCUGGAAUACCUUGAAAACGAAUAUCCAGAUAAUAUAAGAGUGAUAUAUGGUGGUUGGAGUUACAAAGGUCGUCGAAUUAUUGGUGUAAAAUUAUCGUUUGCUGAGGGGAAUCCCGGAGUAUUUAUUGAGGGCGGUAUGCAUGCACGAGAGUGGAUUUCUCCAGCUACAGCCACAUAUCUCCUCAAUGAACUUUUGACUAGCCAAGAUCCAAAUGUAAAAAAUCUAGCACAGAAAUACGAUUGGUACAUAUUUCCUGUUUGCAAUCCCGAUGGCUAUGUGUACUCUCACUCGACGAAUCGACUUUGGCGAAAAACAAGAAAGCCAGUUUCUCCUGCAUGCCAUGGAGUUGAUCCCAACAGAAAUUGGGGAUUCAAAUGGAAAAGUGAUGGGACCACCAAAAAUCCAUGUCACGCGACAUAUUCCGGAACAUCAGCAUUCAGUGAAAUUGAGACACGUUCUUUGGCAGAGUAUCUGGAAUCCAUUUCUGAAAAACUUUUUGCUUACAUAUCCUUCCACAGUUAUUCACAACUUUUGAUGUUCCCGUAUGGACAUACCGAUGAAAAACUUGAUAAUUACGAAGAGUCGCGAGCUAUUGCACAAAAGACAGUUGAAGCUCUUAGUGAAAGAUAUGGUACAUAUUAUCGAUAUGGAAAUAUUGUGGAGACAUUGUACGUUGCCACUGGCGGUUCAAUUGACUGGGUGAAAGCAAAUUUGAAACUUCCUGUUGUAUUUGUUUAUGAAUUGCGUGACCAGGGAAAAAAAGGCUUCUUACUCCCAGCAGAACAAAUCAUUCCGAAUGGACAAGAGGUUUUAGACUCGUUUCUGGCACUUUUUGAUGAAGCCGCAAAGUAUGGCUAUUUAAAUUCUGAUCAGAAAGAGCAUUCGUCAAGUGAAAAAAUAACAAAUUUUACCGAAUUCGAUUGGUUUGGAAUUUUCUAGAUAUUUUGGAGAUAAUUUGACAGAAGAGUUGUUUCUAAAAUGGUUUUAUUUGGAUGUGUUUAAAAAUUGUGUCAUGAUGUUAGAUUUUCGUUCGUAAAUUGUUGUUGUGCUUCGAAUUAAUCGCGCAAUUGCCUUUUGAGUGUCACAUAGGAUUGAUCAAAGUUUG